CAGCAGUCCAAUGGCCUCCCCACAGAAGAAACUUCAGGGUCUUGUUGCUGCAACAAUCACACCAAUGACUGAGAAUGGAGAAAUCAACUUUUCAGUAAUUGGUCAGUACGUGGAUUACCUUGUGAAAGAGCAGGGCGUGAAGAACAUUUUUGUGAAUGGCACGACCGGAGAAGGCCUGUCCCUCAGCAUCUCAGAACGUCGCCUGGUCGCGGAGGAGUGGGUGACAAGAGGGAAGAACAAGCUGGAUCAGGUGGUGAUUCACGUAGGAGCACUGAGCUUGAAGGAGUCACAGGAACUGGCCCAACAUGCAGCAGAAAUAGGAGCUGAUGGCAUCGCUGUCAUUGCACCUUUCUUUCUCAAGCCAUGGACCAAAGAUGUCCUGAUUAAUUUCCUAAAAGAGGUAGCUGCUGCUGCCCCUGCAUUGCCAUUUUAUUACUACCACAUUCCUGCCUUGACAGGGGUAAAGAUUCGUGCUGAGGAGUUGUUGAAUGGGAUUCAGGAUAAGAUCCCCACCUUCCAAGGGCUGAAAUUCAGUGACACAGAUCUCUUAGACUUCGGGCAGUGUGUUGAUCAGAAUCGUCAGCAACAGUUUGCUUUCCUUUUUGGGGUGGAUGAGCAACUGUUGAGUGCUCUAGUGAUGGGAGCAACUGGAGCAGUGGGCAGUACCUAUAACUACCUGGGAAAAAAGACAAACCAGAUGCUGGAGGCCUUUGAACGAAAGGACUUCUCUUUAGCCCUGAACUAUCAGUUUUGUAUCCAGAGAUUUAUCAACUUUGUGGUCAAACUAGAGAACUUUUCAGAGCUCAAAGUUUCAAAGAGCCAAGGGCUGUUGCUCUGAGCACCACAAACUUCCCCUCCCUCCACUGAGAAGACAGUCUCCCCCACAGCACCCUGAAUUAUUGGAACCAAAGGCCAAUUCCCCUUCUGCAGUGAGCCCAGGGGCUAGUGUUAUUUCCCUGUCACACUUUCAUGCAGCUACUUUUCUUUAGUGAUAGAAUAUUUGAGGACCCAGGGAACUCAUAGCUUUCUCUGCACACUUCCUUUCCUCUUUUCUUUCUGUGUAAUAUAUCACCAGCUGUUUAAUCUCCCUUCCAGCAAGCCAUAGUAUAUGCUUUCUAAUAUCAAAGUGUACAGAUAGUCAGCCCUUAGUGAUUUUAAAUCUGACUAUCCAGUCUAUUAAUUCCCAAAGCUUUUGUUUUUGUUUUAUCUCUAAUUGUUUGGACCAUUGGCAGAGGAAAAGUAUUUGAAAUUGAUGUCAGUUUUACUUCUUAUUUUUUACCUCUUUGCAUUAAAAAAACUUUUUUAAAACAAAAAUUUGAAAUUAUCAGUGAACUUUAAUUAUCUUUGCUAACCCUCUCUUUAAUUGGUCAACUAGUUAAAAGUUAUUAUAUUUAUAUCUCCUCAUCCCUCUUUUUGCUUUAGUAGCUGUUAAUUUCCCGAAAGAAGAAAAGUGAGGUUUUUGUUAGUCUUUGACUCUGAGGAUGUAAUACUCCUACUUAAUGAGACCAAAGUCAAAUUUAAUUUUCAAAUUAAUCUUGGGUAUACACUAAGCAAAUAACUAUUUUUCUA